AUGAUUCUCUUGCAAGUCCCUAAUAAUGUACACACUAGUUUGAAGAAGAAUGUGCUAUUACAGGAAUCAGUGACAUUCCAGGAUGUGGCUGUGGACUUCAUUUCAGAGGAGUGGCAUGCUGAUUGUGAUCAGAGAUCCCUGUAUUGGGAUGUGAUGUUGGAGAACUAUAAAAACCUCAUCUCAGUGGGUAAGGACAGAGGGUGGUAACUUACCAAAACAAAAGUGAUCCUCAUGGUGAAUCGAGGACAAAAGCUAUGGUUUGUAGAAGGAAAGAACCUACAUUGCAGCCGUCCAGAAGCUGACUGCCCAUUUGAUGAACCAGAGAAGUAUCAGGACAGCAAGGACAAUUUUUUGAAGUCAGUUUUGUUCACGUUCAGUAAAAUUCUGACUAUGGAGAGACUCUACCAUUAUGUUAUGAAUACAAAUCUUAAUCUUAAAAGAAUAAAAUCAUAUAAAAGUAAAAUGUAUGAGAAGAGCUUACAACCUGAUUUAGACUUAUUUAAUUACAAUAGAAGAUAUACUAGAGAAAACUCUUAUGAAUUCAGUAAAUGUAGAAAAAUCUUCAAAAAGAAGUUUCAUUUCAUUAGGCAUGAAAAAAAUCCUACAAGAAACCCCUUUAAGUACAACACCUGUGGGAAAGCCUAUAGCAGUAAGGCACACCUUGCAACGCAUGAGAAAAUUCAUAAUGGAGAGAGACCCUUUGUGUGCAGUGACUGUGGGAAUGCUUUAGUACGUGAAGCCCAACUCAUGGUCCACAGGAGACUUCACACCGGAGAGAAACCUUAUGAGUGCAGUCAGUGUGGGAAAAUGUUUAUGUGGAGCUCCUCCUUCAAUCAACAUGUGAAAUCGAAUACGUUUAAGUACUCUUUUGAAUGUAAGGAAUGUGGGAAAAUCUUCAGGUAUAGCUCAUCCCUUCAUAAACAUUCUAGGUUUCAUACAGGAGAGAAACUGUACCAAUGUAUCAUGUGUGGCAAAGCUUUUGGCAACACAUCUGUGCUUGUUACACAUCAAAGAAUUCAUACAGGAGAGAAACCUUAUGGAUGUGUUGAAUGUGGCAAAGCCUUCUUCAAGAAAUCUCAUCUCCUUAGACACCAGAUAACUCACACAGGAGAGAAGCCCUAUGAAUGUAACAAAUGUGGGAAAGCAUUUUCCCAGAAGUCAAAUCUUCUUGUACAUCAGAAAAUCCAUACAUAA